GAUGGAAUGCAAGAAGAGAAGGGCUGCAGCAUCAUCACUGCUCAGUCUCUUGCCACUCUAAAAGAAGGAAAGGCUUACUCUUCCUUACCAAUUAACACAGAAACAUGGCCAUUAGCAUGCGGAGGACUUUUGUAGUCCUCAUCUAUCUAGGAUUAUUAGCAGCUCAUCCGGAAUAUGUUUUUGGUUUGAGAAGUAUAGACAUCGAAUUGAGAUGGAGCAGAGAAGAUCAUCCGAUCAUGCAGAAGGAUCAGCGGAUGCUCAAGGAAGUAGUCACAAACGGGUUAAAAGCUGAAAAGAGAACAGCACCUGUAAACAAGAAAACUGAUCCAUUUCAAUCAAGCAAAAGACAAGUUGGAAGAGGAUCAGAUCCCAUUCACAACCGCUCUUGAUUGAAAUCAUGGUUUUUUUUUUCUUGAUUAGUAGUGGCAAAAUAGCAAUGCAGCAGAUUUUCGUAAGGGAAAGAUUUUGCAACCCAAAAAUCUGGACGGAGGUCCAAUGCAUCUAUCUCCUAGAAGCAUUUAUCUGAAUUUGCUGUUUAGAUUUAGAGAUCAAAAGAAAAUUAGCAAUAUUCAAGGGUGUAAGAGGAUGACGGAAGCAUCAGCCAGCAGAAUUGUCUUCAUCAGUAGGCGAAGAACAGUCAAAAUUUACGGUCAAUUGGUAAUGGCUCUAGGAGAUCAAGAUGUUAGUACAUUGUCUUUGCAUAGUCAACCGGUGUGGAAUCACUAUUUCUUGAUUGCUUGCAGAAGUGACAAAUUAUGUUCUUAGAUAUUUCAAACUGAGAAAUCGCUUCCGAAUUUCAAUACAAAGAUUUGAUUGAUUCUUGUGGAUUUGAAAA